GCCGGCAUGCGGCGCCCCGGGCCCCGCCUGUGGCUGCCGCUGCUGCUGGCGGGGUCGUGCGCCGCCAUCGGCUCCCCGGACGCGGGGCGCGCCGCGGACGGCCGCUGCCAGCCCGUGGAGAUCCCCAUGUGCCGCGAGGUCGGCUACAACAGCACGCGCAUGCCCAACCUGCUGGGCCACGAGGACCAGCGCGAGGCGGCCAUCCGGCUGCACGAGUUCGCGCCGCUGGUGGAGUUCGGCUGCCACGGGCACCUGCGCUUCUUCCUGUGCUCGCUGUACGCGCCCAUGUGCACCGAGCAGGUCUCCGCGCCCAUCCCCGCCUGCCGCGUCAUGUGCGAGCAGGCCCGGCUCAAGUGCUCGCCCAUCAUGGAGCAGUUCAACUUCCGGUGGCCCGACUCGCUGGACUGCAGCCGGCUGCCCAACAAGAACGACCCCAACUACCUGUGCAUGGAGGCGCCCAGCAACGGAUCCGACGAGCCGGGCCGGGGCGCGGGCCUCUUCCCGCCGCUCCUCCGGCCGCAGCGGCCCCAGGAGCCCCCGCCCAGGGACGGGGGCCCCGGCCGCGCCGGCUGCGCCAACCCGGGCAAGUUCCACCAUGUGGAGAAGAGCGCGUCGUGCGCGCCGCUGUGCGCGCCCGGCGUGGACGUGUACUGGAGCCGCGAGGACAAGCGCUUCGCCGUGGUCUGGCUGGCCGUCUGGUCCGUGCUCUGCUUCUUCUCCAGCGCCUUCACCGUGCUCACCUUCCUCAUCGACCCCUCCCGCUUCCGGUACCCCGAGCGCCCCAUCAUCUUCCUCUCCAUGUGCUACUGCGUCUACUCCGUCGGGUACAUCAUCCGCCUCUUCGCGGGCGCCGAGAGCAUCGCCUGCGACCGGGACAGCGGGCAGCUGUACGUCAUCCAGGAGGGGCUGGAGAGCACCGGCUGCACCCUGGUCUUCCUGGUGCUCUACUACUUCGGCAUGGCCAGCUCCCUGUGGUGGGUGGUCCUGGCGCUCACCUGGUUCCUGGCGGCUGGCAAGAAGUGGGGCCACGAGGCCAUCGAGGCCCACAGCAGCUACUUCCACCUGGCGGCCUGGGCCAUCCCGGCCGUGAAGACCAUCCUGAUCCUGGUCAUGCGCAGGGUGGCAGGGGACGAGCUCACCGGUGUGUGCUACGUGGGCAGCAUGGACGUGAACGCCCUCACCGGCUUCGUGCUGGUCCCGCUGGCCUGCUACCUCGUGGUCGGCACCUCCUUCAUCCUCUCGGGGUUCGUGGCCCUGUUCCAUAUCCGCAGGGUGAUGAAGACAGGCGGGGAGAACACGGACAAGCUGGAGAAGCUCAUGGUGAGGAUCGGCGUCUUCUCCCUGCUCUACACCGUGCCGGCCACCUGCGUGAUCGCCUGCUACUGCUACGAACGCCUCAACGUGGACUACUGGAAGGCGCUGGCCGUGCAGCACAAGUGCAGGGUGGACAACCAGACCAAGUCGCUGGACUGCGUGCUGGCCGCGUCCAUCCCCGCCGUGGAGGUCUUCAUGGUGAAGGUGUCCAUGCUGCUGGUGGUGGGCAUCACCAGUGGGGUGUGGGUCUGGACCUCCAAGACGCUGCAGUCCUGGCGGCACGUGUGCGGCCGCCGGCUGGGCCGGAAGGGCCGCCGGAAGCCAGCCAGCGUGCUCACCGGGGGCAGCGGCGGGAUUUACAAAAAAGCCCAGCACCCCCAGAAGCCACAUCUGGGCAAGUACGAGCUCCCUGCCCAGCCCCCCACCUGCGUGUGA